AAACUAUCGUCUGCCAUUCAUGUGGGGGCGUUUUACUCCCAAAGGCAAAAGCGUGAGUAUAGUAACAUCAUUUAUGGCAGAAAUCUCACACUCGCUCAGGAACAGGAGAAAAUCGCUGCUUGGGCAAAAAAGUAUAAUCGCACAGAGCAGGUGAAGAAAUUCAGAGCCGAAAGUGAUGCAAGCUUCAAACAGCUCGAGCAGCGGAUCAUCAAAGUGUUCGAAUCUUUACCAGCCACCUUCCAAGAGUACCUGAAAAUCCUGAAAAGUGCAGACAAAACCAUGGCUGAGAUAAAGAAAAUAAAAAAAAAAAAAAAAAAAAAAAAAAAAAAGAAGUCUGAGAAGCCCUACCACCCUACAAAAAGAAUAAUGGUGGAAACAUACAUUUCGCCAUGCCACGUAGCCAUCUACCUUGUGAGAGCCCCUUCCCUACCGAAUGAGUUGUGA